UUCAUGACAUAAGAGAUAAGAUACACAGCGACACAGGAAUUUUAUGUGAUCGAUAAAGACUAAAUAUUUGAUAUCACAUGCAUUCAAGAUAACGAGGAUAGCAAAGAACGUGUUCCUAAAAUGAAAUCGACAAUCUUUUGGAUAAUAUUAGUGGCGAGGGUAGGUUUAGUGAUGGGCUCGUGUGACCCACUAUUCGGUCCUACUGGGACAGAGUAUGAAUGCAAGAAGUUCGACCAGUACAGCGGCUAUCAACGGGCCAUCUGUUAUCGCAACGCUUACAUCAAAUCAAUCACUGGCAAUAAACAUGCGUGUUCCCAGAGCAAUGCCAAUUACUGCUAUUUUCAGUGCAUGCUUGAAAAAUACGAUAGAGCUUCAGGACCCGUCUACGAUGACUGCGCAUGCGCCUUAAAUCUCACGACGGAGACGACUCCGACAACUACAGCCUCCUCCAAAACAGUCAUCAUCGUAAGUGUAACGGUUGGAGGAGGGGGCGGAGCGGGAAUCAUUGUAUUUGUUUUAUACAUCAUAAGAAAGAUGUGUUGUAACUAACUUGCUGCGCGAUUAUACAUAGGUUCAAGUUUUGAAACGAUCAUUAAUUUGGAAGAACUUAAAUAUCGUAUUUAUGGCACUAGUAGUUUUGUUGCUUUUUUUUAUUUUGUAUAAUGUCCAAUAAUUUUAUCUAUCUUUACACUGAAAUCACUUUCACAUGUGGUCUUUCCCUAAUAUCAAGAGCAUUUGGUCAGAAAACACCAUACGGUUGUUAAUAUUUUACCGUGAAAAUGCAAGCAAUGUGAUCUUCAGCCUUAAUUAUUUUGUCAAUCGUCAUAUUUUUGUUAGCUCCAUUUUAUGUUUUGCAUGAGAAAUAAGGGGAUUAAAUAUUCACAAACAUUUAA